AUGGCUAAAUGGAAUCGAUUGAAAGGUCGCUUGAAAAAGAACUUGAAGGCUAAUUUUCGGGAAUACUGCGAAAAAACGACGAUUCAUGGAAUUCGUUACGUGGCAGAAGGAAAUAUAUUCAAAAGAAUCGUUUGGCUCUUCAUUUGCUGUUUCCUGAUUGUGAUUUCUGGCAAACAAAUUUAUGAAAUAGUGUUAAAAUGGAAACACAACUCAUUAGUUGUCUCGCAUGAUAAACAAUUUUCUUCAAUAGAAGACAUUGACUUUCCAGCAGUAACAAUCUGUUAUCAAACGUUGCCGCAAAACACAGAAUUCAACUUUACUGAGCUUUACGAGACAGUGAUAAAGAAUGAAACAUUUGAGUUUUCGAAUGAAAAGGAAUUGAUUUUUGACAUCCAAUAUUACGACGAAUAUUGUGAUUCAGAGCCUAAAAUUUACAUCCAUAAUCCAAAUGAUAUUCCGUGGGAUGAUGCAAUUGAAUUUAAAAUGGGAGAGUUCCAACAAACAAAAUUAAGUAUCUCGCCGGUCGUCUACAAGACAGACGAUAGCUUAAAAUACGACUAUACUCCUGAAGACCGCGGAUGUUAUUUUCCCGAUGAGCAUUAUUUGAGAUUUUUUCAAGUUUACUCACAAAAAAAUUGUGAGCUCGAGUGCUGGACGAAUGCGACAAUCGAAAAUCUUAAUUGUACGACAUAUUGGAUGCCAUACACGGAUGGAAUACGACCCUGUGAAAUGGUUAAUUACUUUAGUAACGAUCUUUUGAAUAGAUUGAAGAAGAAUUUUUAUUGCAAUUGUUUGCCGAAUUGCAACUCCACUAAAUAUGAUGUCAAAAAAAUGGGAUCAAACAUUAUCCGUGAUAAUAUUAAAUUUUAUAACUCCAUGAAUAUCGAAAUAUUUUUCCAAGACUCUAUGUUUAUGGCAAUGCGACGACAUCUGAGCUAUUCUUUUGCGGAUUUUUUGUCGCAAAUUGGAGGCAUUCUCGGAUGUUUUUUGGGCAUAUCCAUUUUCAGCCUUAUUGAGCUCGUGUACUUUUGCACCGUUCAAAUGUUCAGACAACCAAAAGCUCCCAAGAGUCAUGAAAAAUAA